AUGUAUUCGGCUCAAAAUUUCCUACGAUACUCUCUUGAAAGAAGUGGAGAACAAGCAAUUAAACAACCUUUUUUCUUUAUUGAUUUUGGAAUAAAUUAUACAACAGAUGAAACAUGUGUUCCUAUUGAAAUAUGUAUUCAACCAUUUACGCUAGACCCUAGUGCUGAACCAGUCAAACCAUUUCUUCAAAUUAUCAAUGAAGUAGUUCCAAGCCAAUAUCUAUUAAGAGCUAAACAACAUGCUGAUUUUGAACAUGGAAUUACACCAGAAAAUAAUCCAUCUGAUCCAACUAAUUUCUUAUUACUUUGGAAUAAAAUUAAUAAUUUUAUUUGGACAUUUACAAAGAAAUGUGGAGAGGCAUUUGUUCCAAUAGUUAUUUGUCUUUCAUUUAGGAGGGGUGUUCAAUGUAUUGAAAAUCUUGCAACUAAAGCAGGACUAUAUGAUAAAAUUAGUGAAAGUGGAUUUAUGCAUGCACUUGCUUUUGAAGAGUUCGUGAAAUUUUUUUAUGAGUCACAAGGUAGAGUAGUUCCAAUAUCUGCUAUUCCUAAAUGUCUCUGUCCUUUACUUAGUUAUAUUCCUGAAACAAAAUACAAAUGUAGUUUUCAUGCAAAUAUUAAAACACGGUCAUUUUGUUGUUGCCAGUCUAACGUAGCGUAUCUUGUUGGAGAGCUUACUUGUACUUUUAAUCCAUAUAAUCAAUCUAAUAUAUUACAUUCAAUGUCAAAUGCAUAA